AUGAAGUUCUCCAUCCUCACCCUCGCAGUGUUCACUGCCCUUGCCUCUGCUGCCACCGACAAGACCCUCAAGGUCGGUUUCAACCAGCGAGUCAACCAUCUUAAGAACUCUCCUAACCCCAACGGGCUCAGCAACCCUUCCAAGAACCCCUCCAACCCCGUUGCUAUCUUGAACAACAAGGUGGUCGAGUACGUUGUCGACAUCACCCUUGGUACUCCUGCUCAGAAAUUCUCUGUCCAGAUCGAUACCGGUUCUUCCGACCUCUGGGUCAAGGCUGACGGCUCCGACACCGCCUACAACAGCUCUCUCUCCUCCACCUACGAGGAAUACAAGCCUGGAGCCUUCUUCAUUGCGUACGGCGACCAAACCACCGCUUCUGGAGAUUGGGUCAAAGACACAAUUGACGUUGCUGGAGCCAGCAUCCCCGACUUUGUCUUCGCUGCUGCUAAAAAGACCGAUACCGACCCUGUGUUUGGAGUUGGAUACCCCAGCAACGAGGCUUCCGACUCCCAGGACGAGCAAGGACCGGAGUUUGAGUACGACAACUUCCCCAUUCGACUGGCCAAGGCUGGAGUCAUCAACACCCCCGCCUACUCCUUGUACCUCGAUUCUCUGCAGGCUACCACCGGAACCCUGCUGUUUGGAGCUGUGGACACUUCAAAGUUCGCUGACGAGCUUGCCCUUCUCCCCUUCAUCAAGGACUCUCCCGGUGACCCUGGUCCCAAGGAGUUCCAGGUCACUCUCAACUCUAUCGACUUUGGUGACUCUAACGCCCUGAAUGUUGCCCGUCUGGCUCUUCUCGACGCUGGAACAACCCUUACCAUUCUCCCUUCCACCACUUUCUUGACUCUGUUCAACUCCCUGGGACUGUACAAUACCGAAGAUGGUCCCGUGGCCUCCCAGUCACAGCUUGACAAAUGGAAGAGCGAGGGGUCGGCUAUCACUUACACCUUCCAGGGUAAGAAGGUGAACGUGCCCCUCACCCAGCUCUUCAUUGCUGAUACCGAUGGCGAAGGAAACCAGCGGUACGUGACUCUUGCCGAUGGCUCCCAGGAGGCUGCCUACUCCUGGCUGGUUGGAGAUGCUCAGAGCGACGAGGGCCAGUCUGUUCUGGGAGACUCCUUCCUGCGAUCCGUCUACGUGGCAUACGAUCUCCAGAACAACCAGGUUGGUCUCGGCCAGGUCAAGUACGACAACUCUGCUGAGAACAUUGUCGCCAUUAGCUCCGGGGGUAUUCCCUCCGCCACCAAGGCUCCUUCUGCUGCCACCUGGUCCACAGACCAUCCCAUUCCUACUACUGCCGCUCCCCCUUCCGGCAUUGUUGGUGUUGGACCCAAGUUCUAG